AUGCAGCUUCAAUUCAUCGUGGGCUCUUUGCUUCUCUUUGGCUCUGCUUCGGCAGCCCCAGCUCCGCCAGCAGAUGCAAGAUCCCACCCCAGCAUUGAUUCUCUGGGUACCCUCCAAGCUCUGAAGUAUAACAACUUGGGCCCAGGAAACAACGGCACCGCCGCAGUCUUGGUCUACGAUCGACUGCCAUACCUCAGCGCAGAAUCUAGGUGUGCAUCCAUUGGCGAAGCCCUCUAUCCGCUGCAGGAUGUAUCACAAGCCAACGCCACAGAGAUAGGGUACCAGCUCGACUAUCUGGUUUACGCGAAAGAUGUGGCGGCAAAUAGCUCCUUUUGGAUAGCCAAGGGCUCACCGAAUGGCUGCCAGGCAUACUCUCACAGCCGUAAGCAAGUCAUUCCCGCUCCAUGUGAUCGACAACUCCCUGCCCUUUGCACCUCCAGCGUCCCUCCCACUACCGACAAGGACAGGGAAGCCGUGAACAAGUCCAAGAUCUCUAUCUCAUUCGAUGAUUACCGUAUGACUGGCUAUCGUGAUGGGCGCUCGUUUCGGUUCCUAGGCAUUCCCUUCGCAGACCCGCCUGUAAGGGAUUUGCGAUUCGCACCCCCGCGCCCCUACUCAGGUCCCAAGAAAAUUGACGCGACUAAAAUGGCGGACUCAUGCAUUCAAUCGGUUUCGGGCUUUGGAACACUCGACAAUGGGGGUAUCUCGGAGGACUGUCUAUACCUGAACGUCUAUUCUCCUGUCCUGCCCUCUUCACAUGACAGGAACUCCACCCGCAAGCCUGUCGCGGUAUACUUCUACGGUGGUGCGUUCACCAGUGGAACGGCGUCCAUGGUUGAUUACGAUGGAGGGAAUUUCGCCAGCCGUAACGACGUUGUUGUUGUAACAGUCAACUACCGAGUCGGUGCUCUAGGGUGGCUGACCACGGGCAACCUCACCACCGGCAACUAUGGUACACGCGACCAGAUACUUGCAUUGAAAUGGGUCAACAAGUAUAUCGAAGCAUUUGGUGGAGAUCCAAACCAUGUCACAAUCUUUGGUCAAUCCGCCGGAGGUCAGAGCGUGAUUGCGUUGCUCUCUUCGACUGCAGCCCACGGCCUAUUCUCUGGUGCCAUUGUGCAGUCCGCCCCCGUAGACCUUCCCUGGUUCGCACGUGAAGUUUAUACCAAGAUUGUUACUCCCAACGUCGCGGGGGCUGUUGGCUGCAACGGCACCACAUCGGAAACCGCCCUCAUCUCCUGCCUGAGAUCAGUUCCGGCAACCCGGUACCUGGACAACACUACUGAGUUCGAAGCUGCCAUGACAGCCUCCACCGAGACCAUCGCCAGCGAUUGGCUGCAUUCAUCUGAGAUCCUCGCAUCGAUCGAGCCCCUGAUGCCCAUAGUAGAUGACAUCGGCAGUGGCGUCAUUGACGACCAGUUCUACCGUCUUCUUGCUUCGGACAGGCUACCCAACCGCGUUCCAACCAUGUUCACAACAGUCACUACCGAGGCUGCUCUCUACGUUGAUCAGUAUGUCCCGAACCUUGGGGCAAGCGAAGCUGCUCUUGAGCUCGUCUACAGCUAUGCCUAUCCCACGUCACUCAUCAAGUCCCUCAUCGCCACCGACGCCUUUCCUCUGAACGCCUCGGACUCUGACAGUGUCCGGAAUACUGUUGCGGACGCGCUCACCCACAGCGAGUGGAGCUGUCCUCAGGCAUAUCUCCUCCGCCAUGGCGGCCGACAUGCGUUCCCGCGCCUCUGGGAAGUUGAAGUCAGACACGGUCACGUCCAAACCACCGUGGAUGUCCCCAGCAUCUGCUCCCCCAACACUGAUUUCAACGCCACGUGCCACUCCGCAGAUGUGCUUCCUGCCUGGGGCACUCUCAACAGCAAGACGAAGAAUGUAUCCCCAUACUACAACAAACGGGACAUCCUGCAUUCCCGUCUCCUCAACGACAUCUUCGGUUCAUUCUUCCGCACCCGCAAUCCCAACCCCGAUCUGGAGAUGCUGAAGCUUCGUGGGCCCGCCUAUGCAUCGACUUAUCAGAUCUUCGGUCCUCGCGGAUACUACAUGCCCGAGUAUGAAAUCGCGGAGCGAAAUAGAUACUUUCUGACACAUGGAAGCGGAAGUCAGCUAGUAAUAUUUCAAUUGCACUUUCCCUUCCCUUCCCUCCUCCCUACCUGCACCUCCCCAUCUUACACUCCAAAAUGUGAACGACAUGCUCAGCCACAUAUAUUUAUUUGCCUACCAGCCGAAGGACUUACAUCCGCAUUCUCCUUAGUCAGCAAAAACAACCAUGAUCAGGUGAUUCCAGCCGGAGAAAUGUGUCGAUGCCGUAUAACUUUAUAUGUUGGGGGGCAGGGGAUGGACAUAACAUAUGAGAUACUUGUACUUGAUUUGCUGCCUGUGGCUCUUGUGUUAGAUCAACUUAGUCAGUAUCAUAUGUGGGUUGUUAUAUUAAGACCUCCCUUUGGUAGAGGGAAGCAAUUUGGAUUAUCUGAUAUUUAA